UCUGCGCAAUCUUCCCCUUUCCCCCGCCUGCGCUGAAAGAUAAGUUCUUGAGGCGGGGAGAAGCCUGCUCGCCUCCGCUGCUGCAGCACAGCUCGUCUUCUCCUGGAAGUUAGGAAAUUAUGUCUGUUUAAAGGGAAUCCAGAGUCUAGUGUUGAGCUGUCUGGGCUCCAUGUCUAAGUGGGAGCCAGUCACAUUUGAGGAAUCUCUUUGCUUUGUCAAGAAAGUUAAGGCUCGUGACUACGUGUUGUACUUGUCGCUGCUUGAUGUGCUCAGUCGAAAUGAGCGAAUCCCCCUGGAAGCUUACAGCGAGCUUUCGCUGCUUUUCCAGGAUCACGACGAUCUACUGGAGGAGCUAGCAAAAUUCAGACCCCUGCCUGCUCCAAGCACCGUCUAUAGCCACAGCUCAAUCUGGCUGCUCCUCUUCCUAAUGCCCUUUCUUGUCCUAAGCCUUCUCUGGAAGUGCUUCCUUCUUCAACAGCCAGUUGAAAGCUGAAUAUAAUGAUCAGGUGUGCAAUCUGUCAAAGAAACGAACUGCUGCCAUGUUAAAAGCUUGCAUCGUCAUGGUGAUAUCUUGCUGUUUAUAUUGGAGAUAUCUCCCGUGUACUGAUGCAACGGAAUAGCCUCUUGUUUGUGAUGAGAGAUUGGAAUAGCGUUAAUGCAGGAUAAACAGGAUUGUUUGGACUUGCUGAAGACAAACAUUGAUAUGCAGGAGAUGAGAUGAACUGUUUACCAAAUAAUUAGAGCAUUUUUACCAUCAA